CAACAUUUAGAGCAUUUUGUCCUUCCUUUUUAUUAAUCCUUCCAUUUCAAAGUAAAAAAUGGCUCUAAUUGGUUUACUCUUGGUGGUGUUUCACACAAUGUUUUCCUCUGCUUAUGGCUAUGGUGGAGGUUGGGUUAAUGCACAUGCUACCUUCUAUGGAGGGAGUGAUGCAUCUGGAACAAUGGGUGGAGCAUGUGGAUAUGGUAACCUUUACAGUCAAGGAUAUGGAACUAACACAGCUGCUCUAAGCACAGCUCUGUUCAACAAUGGUUUGAGCUGUGGAUCUUGUUUUGAAAUUAGGUGUGCUAAUGAUCAUAGAUGGUGUCUUCCUGGUUCAAUUUUGGUCACUGCUACUAAUUUCUGUCCACCAAACAAUGCCUUACCUAACAAUAAUGGAGGAUGGUGUAACCCUCCUUUGCAUCACUUUGAUCUUGCUCAGCCUGUUUUUCUUCGCAUUGCUCAAUACAAAGCUGGAAUUGUUCCUGUUUCUUACAGAAGGGUACCCUGCAGAAGAAGGGGAGGAAUUAGGUUCACAAUCAAUGGUCAUUCCUACUUCAAUUUAGUUCUUGUAACUAAUGUUGGUGGUGCUGGUGAUGUUCAUUCAGUUGCUGUUAAAGGGUCUAAAACAGGGUGGAUGCCUAUGUCGAGAAACUGGGGACAAAACUGGCAAAGCAACAACUACCUUAAUGGACAAACCUUGUCCUUCAAGGUUACAACAAGUGAUGGUCAAACUGUGGUUUCCAACAAUGUUGCCCCAUCUGGUUGGUCCUUUGGUCAAACUUAUUCCGGUGCUCAAUUCCGCUGAAUCAGUUGAAUAUCUUAGAUCUAAGUGUAUGUUUGAAAUCACCGUGACACCAUAAUUAUGUUAUCAAGAUGGUUCCUGUGAUUUUGCUUUUAAUUCAAACAUGCACCAAGACUCUAAGUCACAUUAAGUAGCUACAUACAAUUUUAUUUAUAAUAAUUUCCCAAAUUAAGUAUUAGUAUAACUCAAUAGUAUACUAGGGUAUUAGAUAGUAUGCUAGUUUUGGAGGUUGAGAUUGGUGGGUUUGGUAAGCUAUUGGUAUUAUAGGGCUCAAAAAAUGAAAAGGGCUUUUUUAAUUGGCCCUUCAUCAUUUUGAUUGUAGUAAAGAGGUUCAUAUUUCUUUGGGCCUCUUUGAUUAUUGGGUUUUUCUUUAAAAGCUUUUUGAAUCUUCUGCUGCUAAAGAAGUAAGCAGAGAGAUUAUGGUAUUUUAUUAUCUUAGUUACUAUUCUACUAAAUUGGAAGAGGUGGAAAUUUAUACCACCCGCCAUAUUAGUAUUGAAAUAAUGUUUUUUUCCCUCUACUUAAUGGGAUUUGUAAGAAGCAUUGUUUGCUUCACUAAUUCCUUGUGACUUGUGAGCAUCUUUAGGUGAGUAUGUUGGUGUAUUAGAGAUUGUAAUUGUAAAAUUUCCUAUUUCUGCAAGUAAUGAAAAGUUGAAGUGAUUUACUAGUAA